UCUUUUCUGCACACUAUAGACAUCAUCACUUCAUCCUCUUUCAUCAUUGCCUCAGUAUCUUCUGCUCUGCUCUCCCCCACCCUGUUUUUACUACUACUGUUAUUAUUAGUGCCAUUAUUAAUAUUAUUAUUGUAUAGUAAUGGUUAGAUCUGAGAGGGGAAUUGAUUUUUUUAAUUUUAUUUUGUAUUCUAAGUUUCCUUCUUGUUGGUCUCCUUACAAUCUAUCUGUUAGAUAUCAUUGUGCUUGAAGUGGUGGAGAAACAUUGGCAAAACCAAUUAGAUUUGUAUUUGGUAAGGGGUGAAAGCCUGCAAGAUAUGUUAUGGAGAAUGAAAAUUUUGAGAAUUCAAAGCACACUUAUUAGGUGUUUGGUGUCCAUUUGUAUUGAUGUUGAUAUUCAUGGACAUACCAGAGAAAAAAAUUCAGUUGGAAGAAGCAUCACAGGGAUUACCAGGUGGCAGAAAUGGCAGCAAAAGUGCAUUGUGAAACGAAGUUGCAUGUAAGAUUCCCAAACCAAAAAGCAGUCACGGCAACACGAGUAAUAUUGAAGCUUGAAGAUCCUUGGCCACACUGUCCUGAGUUGAUCAAACCAUUAAAAGACGAUCGAACUUGUAGUGGAAUCAACAAUUGCAGUGAUUCCAUGCAAGAAAGAAUGGAAGGAUAUGGAACACAAGAUACUAGGGAAAUUCUUAAGCAGACAAUGCUUAAACAAGAAGAAAUUUUCCAAGGACAGGUCCGAGAACUGCAUCGUCUAUACCAAGUUCAGAAGGUGUUGAUGGCUGAUCUUAAAAUCAAAUCACUUGGCAAAUCAAAGUUGGAUUCAGCAACAACACAAAAAAGUCAUUUCAUAUUUCAAUUGGGAUCAGAUCAUGUUGCAUCAGAAGGCAAAAGGAAUGUCAGGGAUCCACCCAAUAUUUUUGUGACAGACAAGGACAAAAUAAGUUACAGACUGCCUAUUUGUGGCACGGAUAGAGAUCACACCCCUUUUUCUGAUUUUCUUGGAAAAGGCCUACCAAUUGGGUUGAGUCCAAAAGAAAGCAAAGAUAGCUCACAAGACUUUUCUAGGUUGCAACCUAGUAGAGCUACUUGCAGGAAUUUUGAUCUUGAACAGCCUGCUGCAGAAUAUGUGAGUGACAAGGUGACACAUACAAACAAUGAUGACAGAAUUUUAAGAAUAGCCGUAAAAAAUUCUACAAAAGAAGAUAAAUCACUAAAUUUCAGUAUGUUUCUUCAUCCAGAUAGUGAUGUGGAGCUGACCUUAGGUACUGGAUAUGGAAAAGGUAAAACAGUAUCUAAUUAUCAGAAAACUCCUUCAAAUUUAGGUUUGGCUUUCCCAGAGUUUAAAAGAGAACAGCCAAUAGAAUGCAGAGGUCCAAUAUUUAAUGAUGAAUUAAAACUCUACUCUCCAACUUCAGUUAGGUCUGAAGUCACCAUUCCAGAAAAUAUCAGAACAUUGGAAGGGACUCAAGCAAGCGGCAAGGAACAUAAAAAUAUCGACAAGUGUAGGACUGGAUGGCAAAGGUUUGAUAUUGAUGGUGAGAAAAGCAGUAAGGAGAGGAACUUCCUUGAUCUUCAUAUUGGUGAAAGACCAAAACAAGAAAAUAUUAAACAGCCUCCUUGGCUUCUUCAAGCUUUGAACCUGAGCAGGACAUAAGUUCCAUUUGGAAGGUGUGUUUUCAUGAGAACACCGUCAAAGUUUUUCUUGGCAUUAUGCCUAUGAAGUGGGAACAUUGUUUGAUGUUCGUCCGUAACAUUCGGAUUUAUUCUGAUUGGUUCAAUAAAGUGAGAUUCAUAUAGAAGUAGGGCUCCUCACUUGAAAAUGGGAUUUGCUUAAAUGCAACAUGAAGAGCAAUAAAGUGUUGAUAAUGACCAUUUUGGACAUUGAUCAAUUGCUGAGACAGAAAGGACAGGCUAUAGCUGACAUUUGAAAAUCCCUGAUAAGAUGUUUUAAGGAGUUUUGUCUCUCUUAACAUUCUUUCCCUUGUUAUUGCUUAUUCUUCUCUACGGUGUACUGAUAUAAUCUUGAUUCAAACAUACAUUCUGAGCAGAGGAGACAAGAAAUCUACCCAAACCACAAUUCUACAAAAGCAGAACAAUUGCAGAAGAAAUUUCUUUGCAUUUUGCAGUAAACAGGGUGUACUUAUAUAGUAAUACUGGAGUUCAGCUGUCAUUCAAAGACAUCAUAUUGCUGUGCUUUUGUAUGUUAAGCCAUGCGAUUAUAACGUGUAAUAGUUGAUAACGUCUAUGAUCGAGGAAAAGGACACAGCUGAGAAAGAGUGGUGUCAUUAAUUUGAGCCAAAUCACAGGCCUUUGAAUCUUUUUCCAAAUAGGUUGAUUUUCUUUUGUUUCAAUGGAGAUGCUGGAUAGUCACAUUUUGAAAAUAGCGCUUUAGUGUAAAGUAGUUAUCAGUCCUGCCUAACUUUUCUUCUUUUGUAAAUGUGCCAAAGCUUUUCUGUACAAAAUGCUUCUAUUCAGUGUAUCCAGAAGAGCUUCAGUCUCGUUUGUUUCACAAUGAAAAUGCCAGAAAGUGGUGUUUUGAAUUCAAUAGUACAGCCUGUGGCCCAGUAACAGCUAGUUGAUAAUGGUUCCACGGAGGGAGCUACCGCUACGAAUUUUCUUGGGUGAGGAGCAUCAUGACAAAUUCAAAACCAGGAAACACUUGAAGCAGCCAUAUAAGGUGGUCCUACGAAACAUUAAAUAUCCUGCUGCUCUCUACAGUUUCACAUGAUUUUGCACUCAAAUUUAUUGCAUCUCUCUUGGAAUAUCAGAUUAUUUAAAGCUUUCUAAUGCGCAUUACACAGAGCCAGCCAUUGACUAGGUGCUGAAAACUUUCAGGCCUUGCUGUCUACUGUUUGCUCAAACUUGUUGGGUAAAAACAAGUAUCAGUGCUCCAAGUGAAUGUCCCAUGGAAUUAGUGACGUAACCAGUUGCCAAACUGGAGGAGUAACUCCUUUCCUCUGAACGCCAUUACUUAACCUAGUGAUAAAAUGGAGAUGUUUUCUUACAAUUGCUUCUAGGUCCUCAGAGAUAGUAGCCUCUUUUUUAAAAAGAAAAAAUUAAAUAUAUUUUUUAGUUUUUUAAAUA